AUGACAUCAUAUCUCAUUGCCACUCUGCAUCCUAUGAAGGACAUGCUAGCACCUCAAAGACUUGUGCGAAUAUCUUACAAUCUGGUCUCUUUUGGCCUAAUAUUUAGAAAGAUAUCCACACCGCGGUGCCAAGACACUGGCAAUAUCUCUAGGCGCGACGAGAUGCCACUGAAAGUUGAUUACGUAUCGAAAUGGAUCGAGGCAGUAGCCUCUCCUACUAAUGAUGCGCGAGUAGUCAUCAAACUUUUCAAGAAUGUGAUUUUUCCUAGAUUCAAUGUACCAAGGAUUGUCAUUAGCAACGGUGGCCCCCCUUUCAUUUCAAACAUCUUUGAAAGACUGUUGCGCAAAUAUGGAGUCCGACACCGAGUAGCAACGCCUUACCACCCUCAAACAAGUGGGAAAGUUGAGGUGUCUAAUAGAGAAAUUAAGCGAAUAUUAGAGAAAAACGUUGCAACGUCUAGGAAAGAUUGGUCUAAGAAACUUCAUGAAGCUCUGUGGGCCUAUAUGACAGCUUAUAAAACUUCCAUAGGAACCACUCCAUUUAAACUAGUUCAUGGUAAAUCAUGUCACCUGCUUGUAGAACUCGAGCAUAAAUCUUAUUGGAUCGUUAAGACCCUAAACAUGAAUUACACAUCCACAGGAGAGAAAAGAAUCUUAGAUAUCCAUGAACUAGAAGAACUUCGAUUAGAUGCCUACGAAAAUGCCCAGAUUUACAAGAAAAGAACCAAACUGUGGCACGAUAGACGAAUAACAAGGAGAGAAUUCCACGAGCGUGGCAUAGUCCUUCUUUUUAAUUCUCGACUUAAAUCAUUUACAGGCAAGCUUCGUUCUAGAUGA